AGAGAGCAGUGCAGGGAGCGGAAUCCCGGGAGCCGGGAGCUCCCUUCCUGUCGGGAAGGCCGUGAGCGGAGCCGAGCGCCGGCCGAGAGGCCCCGGGCCGGCCGCCCCCGCUCCCCUCGCCCAUGGCGGAGACCAAGAUCAUCUACCACAUCGACGAGGAGGAGACGCCCUACCUGGUGAAGCUGCCGGUGCCGCCGGAGAAAGUCACGCUGGCCGAUUUCAAAAAUGUCCUCAGCAACCGGCCCGUGCACAGCUACAAGUUCUUCUUCAAGUCCAUGGACCAGGAUUUCGGGGUGGUAAAGGAGGAGAUCUCAGAUGACAAUGCAAAGCUCCCUUGCUUCAAUGGAAGAGUGGUGUCCUGGCUGGUCCUGGCUGAAAGUUCUCACUCUGACACGGGUUCCCAGUGCACUGAGAGCCACACAGACCUUCCACCACCCCUCGAGAGGACAGGAGGCAUCGGAGACUCCCGCCCUCCAUCCUUCCACCCCAACGCUGCCAGCAGCAGGGAUGGCCUGGACAAUGACACAGGGACAGAGUCAGUCAUCAGCCACCGGCGGGACAGGCACCGGCGGAGGAACAGGGAAGGGCACGAGGAUGCCCCUCGGAUCAAUGGGCACUCAAAGCUGGACAGGCACCGUGAGCACCCCCCUGGCUACGACAGCUCCUCCACCAUGAUGAGCAGUGAGCUGGAGUCCAGCAGCUUCAUCGACUCCGAGGACGACGACAACACGAGCAGGUUGAGUAGCUCCACGGAGCAGAGCACCUCAUCCCGGCUCAUCCGCAAGCACAAACGCAGGAGGAGGAAACAAAGGAUGCGGCAGAUUGACAGGUCGUCUUCGUUCAGCAGCAUCACUGAUUCCACCAUGUCCCUAAACAUCAUCACCGUCACACUCAACAUGGAAAAGUAUAAUUUCCUGGGAAUCAGCAUUGUGGGGCAGAGCAAUGACCGGGGUGAUGGUGGCAUCUACAUCGGCUCCAUAAUGAAGGGAGGAGCGGUGGCAGCGGACGGCCGGAUCGAGCCGGGAGACAUGCUCCUGCAGGUGAAUGAUGUCAAUUUUGAGAACAUGAGCAAUGACGAUGCAGUUCGGGUUCUACGGGAAAUAGUCUCCAAACCAGGACCUAUCAGCCUAACAGUAGCCAAAUGCUGGGACCCUACUCCCAGGAGUUAUUUCACCAUCCCCAGGGCUGAGCCGGUGCGGCCGAUCGACCCCGCGGCCUGGAUCUCUCAUACCACGGCCAUGACGGGAGCGUACCCCCGUUACGGUAUGAGCCCCUCCAUGAGCAUCACCACAUCUACCAGCUCCUCACUAACAAGCUCAAUUCCCGAGUCGGAAAAAUUAGAAGAAUCUCCCUUAACUGUGAAGAGUGACAUGGCUACUAUUGUCAAGGUUAUGCAGCUCCCAGACUCAGGCCUUGAAAUUCGGGACAGGAUGUGGUUAAAAAUCACCAUCUCCAAUGCAGUGAUAGGAGCAGACGUGGUUGACUGGCUUUACACACACGUGGAAGGCUUCAAAGACCGGCGGGAGGCGAGGAAAUACGCCAGCAGCAUGUUGAAACACGGCUACCUCAGGCACACUGUGAACAAAAUCACCUUCUCAGAGCAGUGCUACUACGUCUUUGGAGACCUCUGUGGCAACCUGGCUGCACUGAACCUCAACAACGGUUCCAGCGGCGCCUCGGAUCAGGACACCCUGGCUCCACUCCCACAUCCUGCUGCUCCCUGGCCCUUAGGCCAAGGAUACCCCUACCAGUAUCCUCUGCCCCCUCCGUGUUUUCCACCAGCAUACCAGGACCCAGGCUUUAGCUAUGGCAGUGGCAGCGCAGGGAGCCAGCAAAGUGAAGGAAGCAAAAGCAGCGGCUCGAACCGGAGCACCAGCGAGAACAGCAGGCGAGCUGUGGGCAGGGAGAAGGACCGCAAGUCGGGGGGCAGUGGCAGCGAGUCGGAGCACACGGCGCGGAGCGGCGGCAGCACCGCGCGCCGGGACCGGCCCGCCAGCCAGCUCAGCCACCGCAGCCACGGCUCCGCCGCCCACAGCGACAGAAGCCACCACAGCCACCACUCCUACGGGGGGCCCCCGGGGGUGCCCCCGCUCUACAGCCUCCCCAAGCUGGGCUCCAAAGUCUACGGGACCAGCGGCCCGCCCGGAGGGCCCCCCGUGCGGGAACUGAGCGCGGUGCCCCCGGAGCUCACCGGGAGCCGCCAGUCCUUCCAGAAGGCCAUGGGCAACCCUUGUGAGUUCUUCGUAGACAUCAUGUGAGAGGAAGUGCCUUCAGACUCUGCCUGGGGUGGCGGGUGGGUUGUUUGUUUUAUUUUUUUUUGGGGGGUGGUUUGUUGUCGAACACUUAAUGGAAGAGACUCGGCUGGUCUUGCAUGUCACACCUUCCCGUUUGCAAAGUGUGUUGCAAAACAAAAAAAAAAAAAAAAAAAAACCAAGAAAAAACAAAUAAUCAAGAAAACGGAGCAAAAAAUACAAAAAAAAAAAAAAUCCCUCCGCAAAAAAUGAACAAAAAAAAAAAUCUCCUGGGAUUGUUAAAUAUCAGCAAACCGAUGGCAUCUUUUCUUUAUCCUUAUUUUCCUCCCCCCCCCCUUCCCCUUCCUCUUGUUUUGGAUUGUGAAUGGCUGGUGUAUAUUCACAUCUUGAUGAGCUUUGGUCGUUGUGGCACCUACUUCGAUGCAACUGGUGUAUCUUUUUGGCUGAUUCAAGGACUCUUAUUUCACACGACUUCUCUAAAUUCCCAAUACUGCAUAGGAGCACUUUUAUUUUUCCCUGCUUUUUUCCCUCUUACAAGGAUUAAAAAAAAAAAAACAACGACCCUUGGCUGGUAUCUGUGAUACUGCCUUGGAAUGCUGUUUCUUGGAUGCAUCCACAGCACUGAGCAGACAUUGCACCCACAGGUGUACAGACAGCACGUGCUUGGAAAGGAGCAGGAUCAAACCAAGUGGAAAACAAAGUUGUGGCUACCUUCUGCUGACUAGGGAGUGUAAAUCAACCUUUCUUUCUUUUUUUUUUGUUUGGUUUUUUUUUAGAUAUUAUUCUAUCAAGGGAGUGCUGGAGUCUUGCUGCUGUGUGUGCUCAUUGUGCAGAGCUUGUCAAGUUAUUUCUUUCAGUGUCACAAUGGUGACUUUGUAGCUGCAGUCGGCCCCUGGGCAUUCCAUCACAUCCCUGCUGACAGAUGUGGCUCUUCCUCCUGGAUGUGCACUUGCUUACACGGUGGAAAAGUGAUUUCCACAGAAGCAGGACAGCUGCUGCCAUGCAAUUCUGUUAGGGUAGCUGCAGCUUUUCCCUUUUGAAGGGGAUGUUCAUCCCAUUGCAGCAGAGGCGUAGCUAAAUCCUGGCUCCCACUGGGACGUGGCUCUUCAUUUUGAUUUCCUUUUGGUCAUCACCUGUUGUCCUGUCCUUCAUUUCGGAGCAAUACCUUUCUCUUCUUGUUGAAAUAGAAACCUGGGGCUGUCUAAUCCCACUUGCAGUGUUACCCAGGGGAAUGCUCAGUGGGUAGCGUGAACAUCCGAGGUGAGUGCCAGAAGAGAACAUCCUUCUCAGGGUGGACACACAGUUCCAUGUCCCUUUGUCACCCUGAGAAACGACUCUUCAGACACUUUGCAUGUUGCCCAUCCUGAUAGAUUUGUCACUUCUUUCCCUGUGUGCAAACACAUCCCUUUGUCAGAGCCAGGGUGACGAUUCCAGCCGAAGCUCCAAACGUCUGUGUUAACUGGAGACUCAAGUCUCUCCUUCAAAAGGGAACCAGGCAUUUGGGCAACUCUGUGUCACUCAGACUAGGUACUCCCCUUACUGGCCUUCUAAACUAGUUUUCUUCACAAAAAACUCCCAAAAAGCUGCCUGAUGUCUCUGAAAGCAGUGCUUUCAUCAUCCUCCAUCCCAUGGGCUGGCAUGGAUUGCCCCGUGGGUGAUGGCUUCUCCAAAAGAGUGGCACUACUUAGAGCUUGACUGUGCAAACAGUACCUUUCUUUUCCUUUCCUCCUCCCAGUCCCACAGCAAAGAUGCUUAACCUAACCUGGUAACCUAUUCUGAAAGAUUGACAUUGAAAGCAAUGAAGUAAAUCAGGGUAAAAUAAUGGUGUAAUUCUGCUAUGUCUCCAGGAGACACUGUUAAGGAGUCUGUGACUUUACUGACAAUCACUAGUGGUUCUACUUUUAAAUUAAUUUAAACUUUUCUGGUCUCUUAUAUAUAUAUUGAUUCUUCUGGCCCGCUCUGUCUUAAGGCAGAACUCGGAGGGCCGGAGGAAAAGACUCUCAUUUUAAUAUUUCCUAAAGGGAUUAAAGCUGGGGGGCUGAGCUUUUCACCCGUGGAAGAAACGUGUUUAAUUUCCUUAUGUCUUUCCAAGAGUUGCAGUUUACACACCUGCUGGGUUGUUUUUUUUGUUUGUUUUAAUUUUAUUUUAUUUUUUUUUUUGGUCUCGUUGUUAAUGCUGUCGGCAGAAACCGUUCUGUGUCUCGCUGGUCUUUUUGCUGCUAUGUUGAAAUGACUGUGUUAUAUAAACUCGUGUGUUUGUGGGUCACUCUGGAACGAGGCUGCAAAUCCAGAACACAGGUGUGGGGGAGCAUUAGUGUGCUGAGGAGUUCAGGCUGAAGCAGCUUCACCCACCCACGAUGGGCACCCACCGCUCUGGGCGUGCUGGGUGCUGGGCCCUGAGGAAGCUGCUGCUUGCAGGGAGAGCAGGAGGGUGGCGAUGCCCCUGUGUGGACAGUGCAAUACGUGAUGGCCACUGUGUGUAAAACAAACCCCUGAUCCCCCCCCAUCCCCUCCUUGUAGUGUCCAGUGGAAUGAGUGGGAGGUCAGGCCUGAUUCAAUCUUUGCUAGAUCCCGAUUUUCAGCAGUGAACAAGAGGCAGGAGAUCUCCCCAGAUCCCAUCCUUGGCUUUCAGUGCAUGUGUCUCUCCACCAAGGGGGCCUUGGGACCUGCCUGUGCAAGGCUCUCCUGUGGGGCACAGCAUUCCCUGCUGUGCCAGGUGGAAGGAAGUUUGGAGGCUGCAGUGCUGGCAGAUCCAUCUGUCUUCUCUCACCAGGGCCUCAGAUUUACCCCUGAUUUAAUGUCAGUGGCUGGGCUCCAACUCCAGCGAGGGGUUUGCUGUGCAGGGCAUUGGAAUAACCUCAAAACAGGAGCCUUAAGUGGUUGACUUUAUUUUUAUUCUGGAAGUGAGACCCUGGGCUGAGCUUAAUGCUCACACAUCCCUGCCAGCGGAUUUAACAGCAGCUUUGUCUGGAGGAUCAUGGAAAACGAUGAGGAAACAGUUUGGGAUGACAUCUCCUCCCCAAAGAAGGCAGGGUCUGUAGGGGGAGUGUGUCCACCUGGUACAUUAACUCUGAGGAAUCUGUUUUUUUGGCAAAUAAGUCUUAAAAGCACUGCUAUUGUCUUUUAUCUCCUGUUAGUAAAUCUCCUUUUCCAAGGUAACAGUCCCCUGGACACUUUAUCCAAAGGUUUAUUGGAUGGCAAGCAAUGAUGCACAGACAUUGACUUUUGCUAUUAUUUUUGUUCUCUUCAAAUGGGCAGUCCCCUCCUGAGACUUGACAGCUCAUGAGUUGAUGUAAUUGUUUUUGGUUUUGCAUUUAACUGGAUUGUAAUAAGAUUGACUUAAAAUUAUUAAUUCUAAUCAGUGAUUAGAAAUACAUGUAAAGAAUUUUAUGUACAGUAGAGGAACAAAGUUACAUGAUUUUAAAUAAUGAAAAUCCAGACUAUCACCUAUCCUAGAAUUGGUUCUACUCAAAGAGUGACCUCUUAUUAGCAUGGACUGCACUGUUCCUGUUAAAUGUCUAUUGCAUAAUUGAAUUCUUUUUUGUAGAUAUUGUAUUAAAACCCAAGUGUCUGUAUAGUUAAUAUAUAGCUGCUUAUGUGUAAAUGCUAUUUUAAACACUAAAAAGCUUUUAAUUUUAUGUGAUAA